AUGAGACUUUCCUUGGCUCUCCGAAAGUCCCCUCCUCCUCCUACUAGGUCAAAGAGACUUAGGAAAAGAGCGGUGGCGGAAUAUGAGGUGAUAGAAGAACCUAUAGCAGUUCCUACUGAAACCUCUGGAACUGAUGAAGAGCUAAGGGAAGCUUUUGAAGCUGUAAAGCAGGAGAAGGAAGUAGAUGUCUCAAUAGGAGACAAGAAAAAAGGCAAAGAAGUCGAAGAAGAGGAAGCUCAAGGGACAGAACUCACUAAUUUAGAACUGGCUCUAUUUGAUGAUGUGGAGGCAGAACAUUCUACUGCUGUUCCAAAGCCUGAAGUGGAGGCAGAACACUCUAUUGCUAUCCCUGUUCCUGAGGUAGAGGAGGAUAGAAUUGAUGGGACUUUGGCUGUAGUGACCAGCCCUCUCAAGCCUCCCAUUGUGGCUGUAAAAUUGGAAGAGUUUGAAGCUAUGGAUCUGGAUGAUCAGCUGGACAAGUUAGAGAAACUCAGCUCCACUCCUGGCAAAGCUAAGUCCAAAGCAGUAGAUGAGGUAGUGGACAUAGUGAAAAUCUGGCAGUCAACCAAGCUAGACUUGGAUGAGAGCAACAAAGCUAUUGACCAGUUGAUGAAGGACCUAGACCUGCUGCAUAGGGAGAACAUGGCUCCUAGGCCUAUCAUUGAGAUCAGUUUGGGUUUGGCAAAAGAUGUGCUUAACCUCCAUAACCGAUAUGAAGAUCUCAAGCCCUCCUUCAAUGCCUCUGAAUUUUGCAAGGCUACUCGUGAAGCCAACUUGGCUUAUUAUAAAAAACAGAUGGCAGAAUUGGAAGGAGACCAAGUCCACUGCUGA